AUGCCUAGGGUCGACAGGCGCUCGAAGCUCGCCGAGCUUCGGGCUCUUCGACAGUCCGGCAAGAAGGGUAAUUACGCAGUCGAGGAAGUCGACGAGCUCUACGAAGAGGUCGACGAGAACCAAUACAAGAAGAUCAUUCGUGACCGCCUAGACCAAGACGAUUUUGUUGUUGACGACAACGGCGAGGGCUACGCCGACGACGGUCGAGAGGAAUGGGAUCGUGCCCCUCAGUAUUACUCAGACAGCGACGAUGAGGUCGUGGUGCAAGGGCGAGCAAAGAAGCAACGCGAAGAGGAGGCCGCCAAACAAAACGCCAACGACAGAGAUAUCAGCGAAUACUUUACAAAGGGUGUUGUCAAGACACAGUCAAAGCCCAAGGUUGCCAAGACGCAGGAAGACGAAGACUUCCUUGCCGAUUUACUUGGUGAAGUCGACGCGAAUGUCCCGGCCCCGGUCUCUCGAUCGGGAGGGAAACGCAAUAGAUCUCCCGAACGACGACGAGCCCGCGUGCUCUCCCCCGCACCAGAGACCAGGCGACACUUGACAAAGAGACCCAAGACAGUUGACGACAGACUCCCUUCUCCUACCGUCGACGAUUCAGUCCCCGACGAUGGCUACAUGCCGCCCAUGGGCGAUGGCAGGGAGGACAGCCCUGUCUUGGACGUUGCAGACGUUCCGAUGUCUGAUCCGGCGCCGUCAUCACCUGCGGCUAAGGUAGCGCAACGCAAAGCCCAGAUCAAGGCAGAGCAAAAGGACGAGGACGAUGAGGAUAUGAUGGAGGUUGCACACGCUGGUACCAUUGCCGCUGCUAGCAUCAAUAUCGCGGGAUCAAGGCCAUCCAAAAAGCUGGUCAAGCCUGAGCCGUAUCCCUCUCCACUUACUUCGUCUCCUACCAAGGCAGCAGAGCCAGCGGUGGAUUCCUCCGCCUGGAACUCCAUCACCGACCAGCUAAACCUCGUCAGCAGCUCUCCUGCGGACGCUCGAACCGUCGGCAAGAUAGACUAUCAGGAUGCCAUCGAGUCUGACGGCAGUCUCAACAUGUUUUGGACAGACUACACCGAGGUCAACGGCAGUCUCUGCCUCUUCGGAAAGGUUUUGAACAAGAAGACGGGGAUGUAUGUCAGCUGCUUCGUCAAAGUGGAUAACAUCCUCCGGAAGCUCUACUUCCUGCCGCGCGAAACGAAGAUGCAAGAUGGAGAAGACACCGAGGAGACAGUCGAGAUGAUGGACGUUUACUCCGAGAUCGAUGCCAUGAUGACCAAGAUGAAUGUCGGCAUGUACAAGAUCAAGGCCUGUACCCGAAAGUACGCAUUCGAAUUGCCUGGAGUACCCAAAGAAGCACAAUAUCUGAAAUGCCUGUACCCUUACACAAAACCCGUCAUUGACGGAUCAUCCACGGGCCAGACAUAUUCACGCGUCUUCGGUACGAACACGGCCUUAUUCGAGCAGUUUGUUUUGUGGAAAAAUAUCAUGGGCCCCUGCUGGCUGAAGAUCACGGACGCCGACUUUGGUGCACUCAAGAAUGCCUCCCACUGCAAAUUGGAGGUUCUGGUCGAGCACCCGAACAUGGUGGCUCCGCUCAGCGACUCUGACAAUCUCGAUACCCCGCCCCUGACGCUGAUGAGCCUCUCAUUACGUACCGCCUUUAACGCUAAGGCUAACAAACAAGAGAUUCUUGCAAUCAGCGCCAGGAUUUACGAGAAGCUCAACCUGGCCGACACUACGCCGGCUGAGAAGCUCCCCUGCCGGACGUUCACGCUCAUCCGGCCUUACGGCACAGCAUUUCCUCUAGGAUUUGAGACGAUGGCCAAGGAUCGGAAGAGGGGUCUUCUGAAAACGUUCCGUCAGGAAUCUGAGAUUCUCCAGUUCUUCCUUGCCCAGCUCGACGUCGUCGAUCCAGAUGUCAUCAUGGGACACCAAUUGGAAGGUGUCGAUUACAGUGUCUUGCUCAACCGCUUACUCGAGAAGAAGACUCACCAAUGGUCCCGCCUCGGUAGACUCAAGCGAUCACAAUGGCCAGCUUCCAUGAACAAGGUCGGUGGCAACGUGUUUGCUGAGAGACAGAUCAUGUCUGGUCGUCUGCUCUGCGAUCUUGCCAACGAUGCUGGAAAAUCUGCCAUGUACAAGUGCCAGUCUUGGAGCUUGACGGAAAUGUGUAGUCUCUACCUGCCAGGCAACAAUCGCCGACAAGACAUCGAUAACGAGGCGGCGCUCAAAGGCUGGGCCACUCAAAAUAAAGAGGGCAUGAUGAACUACAUUACUCACAUGGAAACCGACACGUACUUCAUAACUGCACUGGCGUUGCAGGUCCAGCUUUUGCCCCUGACCAAGGUGCUCACCAACCUGGCCGGUAAUUCUUGGGCCAGAACUCUCACUGGUACUCGUGCUGAGCGAAAUGAGUACAUUUUGCUGCACGAAUUUCACCGCAAUAAGUAUAUCUGCCCCGACAAGCAGACUUUCAGGGGCAGGAUGGCUCAAGAAGAGAAUCAAGAGGAGGACGGUGAAGGCAAGAAGAAGGACAAGUACAAGGGAGGUCUUGUCUUCGAGCCCGAAAAGGGCCUGUAUGACAAGUUCGUUCUUGUCAUGGACUUCAACUCGUUGUACCCGUCCAUCAUCCAGGAGUUCAACAUCUGCUUUACAACUGUGGACAGAUCAGCGAUGAAUGAAGAUGCGGAUGCUGUUCCUGAGGUCCCUAAAGACCAGGAUCAAGGUAUCUUGCCUAGGCUCAUCGCUACUCUUGUCAGCCGAAGAAGGCAGGUCAAGGCUCUCAUGAAGGACAAGAACGCGACCACGGAUCAGCUUGCGACAUGGGAUAUCAAGCAGCUUGCGCUGAAGCUCACGGCCAACUCCAUGUACGGAUGCUUGGGCUACACAAAAUCCCGUUUCUAUGCACGACCUCUCGCUGUCUUGACCACCUACAAAGGUCGCGAGAUUCUGCGGAGCACCAAGGAGCUGGCUGAGAGCAAGGCUCUCCAGGUCAUUUACGGUGACACCGAUUCCGUCAUGAUCAACGCCAACGUCGAGAACGUUGCAGAUGCCUUCAAGGUUGGACAGGAGUUCAAGAAGGCGGUCAAUGAGCGGUACAAGCUUCUCGAGAUCGACAUCGACAACGUCUUCCGCCGGAUUCUUCUACAGGCCAAGAAGAAAUACGCUGCCAUCAACCUGGUGGAAAAAGAUGGUAAAUUCGUCGAGAAGAUGGAGGUCAAGGGACUGGACAUGAAACGCCGCGAGUACUGUGGCCUGUCCAAGGAGAUCUCCAGCAAGAUUCUGAACGAGAUUCUGUCUGGCGACGAGUCUGAGGUGUCGAUUGCCCGCGUCCACGAGUAUCUCAGAGAGAUCUCCGCCAAGAUGCGCGAGCAGGCCAUCCCAGUGCAGAAGUAUAUUAUUUUCACGCAACUCGGCAAGGCUCCAACCGAAUACCCCAACGCGGACUCCAUGCCUCAGGUUCAGGUUGCGCUCAGGGAGAUCGCUCGAGGAAAGACUGUUCGCCGCGGCGAUGUCAUUUCGUAUAUUAUCACUGGCGACCCUCAGAGCUCCGACCCUGCCCCGAAGAGAGCCUAUGCCCCCCCUGAUGUCAUGAAGGCGGACUCGGGACUCUCCCCUGACGUCGAGUGGUACAUUGGCAAGCAGAUAUUCCCCCCGGUCGAACGUCUCUGCGCCAAUAUCGUUGGCACCUCAAGCGCUCAACUGGCUGAGUGUCUCGGAUUGGACAUUCGCAGAUACAAGUCCGUCCAGGACAGCCAACAAAAUUCCGGCAAUGACAUGGAGAUCCACCCUCUCGAAUCACAGAUCCCGGAUGCUGUGCGCUUUGCCGAAUGCACUCGUCUAUCCCUCCGCUGCCGCACUUGCAAGGCAACAUCCGUGUUCGAGGGCCUCCUGGCGCAGCCAGACCGCGUUUCCGCCUCUGGUGUACUUUGCGGUUCUUGUGGCGCCACUAUGUCGACACUGUCCAUCGUGGCCCAAGUCGAGCAUGCCCUCCGCACUCAGACGGCUCGUUACUAUGAGGGCUGGCUUGUGUGUGAUGACUCUGCUUGCGGCAUGCGCACCCGCCAGAUGAACGUCUAUGGCACCCGCUGUCUUGGACCUACGGGGUUGGCACGGGACUGCCUUGGCCGUAUGCGCUAUGAGUACUCCGAGAAGGCCAUCUACAACCAGCUGGUGUACUUUGCCAGCUUGUGGGACGUGGACAAGGCGAAGACCAAGGCGUCGGCCGAGACUAACAACGACCUCCCGCGAGAGGAUAAGGAGAAGAUACUCGCACUGGCUGAGCACAACCGCGUUCGGUUCAGCACGGUCAAGGGCGCAGUGGAUAAGUAUCUCGACAAAUGCGGUAGGCAGUGGGUUGCCAUGGACACUCUCUUCGCGAAGCUCGGAUUCAACAAACCCUUUCUCGUCGCCGCAUAG